AUGGCAUAUGGGCUAGGGCUCCAUUCAACACCUACACAGGUGCAUACGUCAAGUAUGGUUGCAAAGGAGGAAGUGAAUGGAUUUGCUAUCAGACCGAGGAAUGAAACAGAAGGUAUUGAGGUAGCCACGAAUGGCGGUACCGUCAUGGGUAGAGGCACCGACGCCGAGCCUUUAUGGUUGGAUGACGAAGGGGGCCAUGAGGCCGCAUGGCUGUGUUGCAAUUUUAUUAUGAGGCUCCUGGAGUCGAUUGGGCAACCAUGGGGGGCUCCUAGAACAAGCUGGCGACCAUGGGAGGUUGCUAGAACUCGUUUGGGGGCUACUGGAACGAGCUGGCAGCCAUGGGAGGCUGUUGGAACUUGUUGGGGGGCUACUGGAACGCACUAG